CUGGCUUGUAGUUUCAAAGCAGAAGACAUUGCAGUGCGAGUUGGUCAGUCAAGAAACACGUCUCUGGGGCCCUAUGACCAGUUUCGAUUCGUCAGUCAUAUACUGAUCCAUCCCCUCUUCCGGCCUACCGAGAAAGCACGUAGCCACAACAUCGCCCUUCUACGAUUGCAAAAGAAAGUAACGUAUUCACGUUACGUCAUGCCAGCUGUCCUGCCGAACAAAACUACUCGCUCAUACGGUCAGAUGAAUGUCAUAGCGUUCGGAGUUUUGAAGACCAAGAGAUUCCACAACGAUUACGUCGACCAGAUGGACGUAAUGACUUUGAGCGCAGAGAAGUGUGCCCAUACGCCGAUCGUCAUGGAGGAAAUGAGCAUCCAGGACGAUGAGAUAUGCGUCAUUGCGUCUUCGUCGAAUCCAAAUUAUCAUCUUUGCGAGAUCGAACAAGGAGCCGCGCUUGUUACCUACAGAGAUUACCACUGGAUCGUGCGCGGUGUUGCAAGUUAUCCUAAUCGAUGUCGUAACCCCACCAGACCCGGCGUGUACACAUCAACUGCCAAUCAUAUCGACUGGAUUCAGUAUAUUUCAAGUAUGCGUCCUUACCUAGAAUUGUGUCUAACCAGUGACGGUGUUACGGAAUGAAA